CUGUCGACGACGACGACGACGAUAAGACGCCAUAUUGAGGGCGGCCGGCGGUAGUUUCCAACCGAGCAGCGCCAUAUUGGUAGAACUCGUCGGCGAGUUGUGAGCAGCAAGCAUCCGCCUAGAGUGAGUAAGCAAGUCAGUCAGCCAGUCUUGAGCUACUCGGGCCUUACUUCUCGGGCGUUUCUGUUCGAGAGCUCUGUCGAAUCAUCUGUGAACAGCGGCGUAUGUGGAUUGUCUGGUGUCCGAACAGCGGACGGCCGACGGUUAGCAGCAGCAACAGCAGCAGCGAAUAGCAGCGAUCGGAUUAGUUGUACGAGCCGCCGCCGUUGCAGCGCAGUGUACUUGUGUAGAACUUUCCAGAGGUGCUCCACGCCCAUAUAAAGUUCAGCAUGUCUUGGCAAGCGUACGUCGACAACCAGAUCUGCGCGUUCGUUCAGUGCAAAACGGCCGCGAUCGCCGGUCUCCAGGAUGGCUCAAUUUGGGCGAAGUACGAAGCCACGCCGGCGAACGUUAUCACACAGGCCGAAAUGAAGGCGAUCAUCGACACGAUGCGCAACAACCCGAGCAAGUUUCUCGAGAGUGGAAUUCAUCUCGGCGGUGAGAAAUAUAUCACCAUUUCUGCCGACGACAAACUCGUUCGAGGACGUAAAGCAACCUCGGCGCUGAUUGUCGUGCAAACCAACACCCUGGUGCUGGCAGUUGCCACUCAGGACGGCUUCCCCCCUGGUCAGCUCAACUCGAUCGUUGAAAAACUCGGAGAUUACCUCCGCAGCACUAACUUCUAAGCAGUGUCUCUUCGUUUGUCGAGUGUUCUGGUUCAUCGUAGUCUCCGGAGUCAUUUAAACAGCCAACCAAUCAAGCGAGCCAGUCAGCGACCGAACAACCAGUCAGUCAGUCAGCCCGGCUGCCUGCCUUUCUGCCGAAUUCCCGAUUCGUUCGGAAUUGCUCCGACAAGCAUGCGUCGUAAUCUUCGCCGUUCUUGCCCUCAUUGAAGUUUUUCCCCGCUGAAAGUAUAUCAGUGAACUCCCGCAGUCUCUCGAACUCUCCUGUCUGCCGAACCAACCCGACUCCCGAAACUCCCAGGAGCACCCUCAGCCUCUCAGAGGACCCAACCCUCGGAAGAGCUCUGCUCCGGCUCGCCCGACAAGCGGGCAAGCAGGCAGGCAGGAGAACGGACUCGGGAGAAGGAGGGUGUGGGACUGCUUGGCUUGGGAGCGAUGUAUGAGUGAACUCGGAGGCUCCGUACGGUGGAACGACCGACGUCGUGUCAGACACUCGAACGCUCAUUAUUCGGAACCGAUUCAAAACGGCGACUGAGGUGAACUUCGCGAAUACGGGAACACCGGCAAGCCUGCUGAAGAAUGAAUGGAUGAAUCAGGUGGAACGGAGGACAACAUCAACGCAAUGAACCAAGCUAAAAAUCGCAAAUGAAGAAAUACCACGAUAUUCAACAACAUAGAUCGAUAUGAACGGAAUGGAAAUGGAGGAGAGCCGCAGCGUCAGCAAGGAGGAGCACGAUGAGGAAUCGCGGAUCCUUGGUUAGCUGUGCAGAAAAGAAAAAUCAGCUGCGGAAACGAGGAACGACAGUGGAAAUUUUCGUUGUACUUUUGUUUACCAUUUUUAUCAUUAUAUAAUGAAAUGAUAAUUGAGAAGAUGAAUGGAGAAGAUAAUUUCCUUGUAAUUUUCAAUCGGCGAUCGUGCAGUCUGGCACUUCCGCUAGACGGUGAGCGUAAUCCUAGGCUCAAAAUUUCAGGGGACUUCUGCCUCAGUUUCCAUGUUUGUUUGCUGACUUUCCUUUUUCGGAUGCUCCUCUUGACACGAGGGUCGGGGUUUCAAGGAACAGAAAAAUUUCUUUCGCUCUGAGGAGCUGCGUAUCCGGAAGAAUUUCCCAAGCUAGAUUAGAGGGAGGAACGGUUCAAAGCAUGGGGGAUCAUUUUCCGGGAUUCCGGGCCGCAUCUCCAGUCUGCUCUCGGGGUGGAAGCUACCGCAUGCAACGCAGUAUAGAUCAGUUAUCCGGGAACUGUAGACGCGCAGUUCCAUGCCUCAGGAGGGCACUCAGGAAUGAGUGAACUGAGGAGGAAUCUCAGCGGUGAAUAUUCCCCAACUUGAUGACAAAUGCAACCCGCCGUUCCUUUCUCCGAGCGAGUAUCUUAGUCAAAAGUGAGAAAACAAGGAGCCAGUUGAUAGUAGCAUCCCCAAAUCCGCUCACUUCUAUUCGAUAUGAACUCGAUUCGAGUUCUCUUCCAGUCUCACCUCCCAUCUGAGGGCUCAACCAUUUGGCGUAGGUAGCUGCUCCUAGAUCGGCUGGUUAGGUAACCCGAGUAGAGUGACAACGAAUUUCCUUUUCAACUUGUCAAAUAGUGAUCGAAGAUGACGAUUGUCAACCGAGACAUCGACGAAUUAUAAUCAUUCAUCGGUGUCUCUCCCGAAGGAUGCUCGGUGCAUAUGGUAGGCAGAUCGUAGAAGCUUGUGUGAGAAUUGAAUCGCCCGCCCGAAAGGCGACCAGCAACACGUGGAAAUCUGUCGUUUUCCCUAUUAUACACAGGAGUUGAAGCGAUCGAGUUUGAGUAUUCGCCGAUCAGCAGAGCAAACGAACAGAAUGCUACUUCUUUGAUAACCCGAAAGACAACAAACGCAGAUCAAUAAUAAAGGAACAAUGAAGAAGAUCAUUGAAGAUUGAAA